CUCGCAGGCAGAUAAAGCUUGACGUUUCGGUUUCGCGUCGCCGCUACCAAGCACUGCAUCCGUAAACAAAGCCACCCGCAAACCCAAAAUAUUGUACUCCUGCGCUGAUUUUAGUUUCUGGUUUUAGUUCGCGCUGCAGCUUCCCCAUAAUCUUGCUGGAGCUUCGGUGAAUGGUCGGUGCACGCAUGGUUGGUGCCGAAGUGUGGAGGAAAGUGCCCAGCAAGUACGGCAGAGACGUGCCGAGGGGAAUGGUUUGCCUGGUGUGUUGGUAGCUAGCUGGCGCACUGUGCAAUUGAGAGUGCGACAAGGUACCGCCAGCAGUUAACGUAGACGGUACGCGCUAGGGAGGUGGGAGCCCAGCUGCUGUGGGUGAACGCCUGCGCCUUCGACCUAGCCACGUAGGGAUAGCGCGGAAUGGAGGAAGAGUUCGAGGAUGAGGCGUGGAAUAACAGUGCUGGUCGGGGCAAUGCGCCCGAAGAAGAGGUGGAAAACCAUGAGGAACCGUCCGAAAACCCGAAGGCGGUGGUGAGCGACUGUCUGCAGUUGUUCUCAAGCGUCGACUACAUCAUGGAGCCGGGGAUCUUUGUGCAGCUGAAGCGCUACUUUCAGGCAGGCGGCACACCGGAACAAGUGAUCAACACCCUGUCCGCCAACUACACGGCGGUGGCGCAGACGGCGAACCUGCUCGCCGAGUGGCUGAUCAUGGCGGGGGUGCGCGUGACCGACGUGCAGGCGAUGGUCGAGAACCACCUGAAGGACAUGAUACUGAAGACGUUCGAUCCGAAGAAGGCGGACAAAAUCUUCACCGAGGAGGGCGAAACGCCCGGCUGGCUGACGGAGAUGAUCGAGCACCACACGUGGCGGUCGCUCAUCUACCGGCUGGCGGAGGAGUACCCGGAGUGCCUGAUGCUCAACUUCACCAUCAAGCUGAUCUCGGACGCCGGCUUCCAGAGCGAGAUUACCUCGAUCUCGACCGCCGCCCAGCAGAUCGAGGUGUUUUCGCGCGUGCUCAAGACCGCGAUCGCCAAGUUCCUGAGCCACCCGGAGGACUGGCAGGGUGCGAUCGAGGAGGUGGCCAAGAUGGUGUGCCACGGGCAGCACACGUACGUGUACAGCCAGGUCCUGAUCCAGGUGCUGUCGCAGGAAGCGAAGGGGGGCUUUAUCAUGAAGCGGCUGUCGCAGGAAAUUACUAAAUACGCGCUGAAAAACAAUCACAACGUCACGCCGAUCACGAUGGCACUGAACGGGUCGUCCCGGCAUCCGCAGGCCUGCGAAGCGCUCACCUCGAUGCUGUCACGCAACACGCUCAACCCGGCCGACAUUACCGUGCUGUACCGGAACUACACCUCGCCCGAGCCGCCCCCGAUCGAUCUGAUACGCAAUCCGCAGUUUCUCGAGCUGCUGGUCGACUCGCUGUUCAAGGUCGGCGUCAAGAUCAACCAGGAGCACAAGUCGAAGUACAUCUAUCUGCUCGGGUACGCCGCGAGCGUGUGCGAGAUACCGACGAAGAAGGGCCAGCCGAAGGGGCACCGGGUGCUGAACAAGGACGAGCUGAAGGCGACGAUCAUCGCGAUCGAGAAGGUGCACGCGAUCUGCAACGUGAGCCGCGGCUCGAGCGAGCUGAUCGCGGACAUCUCCACGCUGUACAGCUGCAUCCGCUUUCCGGUGGUCGGCGUCGGCGUGAUCCGCUGGGUCGAGAACACCGUCACCGAGCCGUCCUACUUCAAGCUGUGCACCGAGAGCUGCCCGCUCCACCUGGCGCUGCUGGACGAGGUCGCCUGCGUGCACGCGUCCCUGCACGACCAGAUACUGCGGCUGCUGGUGCGCCUGUUCGAGUCGAAGCAGGACGAGCUGGAGAUACUGGUGCAGCUCGAGCUGAAGAAGAUGCUGCUCGACCGGAUGGUCAAUCUGCUGGCGCGCGGGUGCGUCGUGCCGGUGGUGAAGUACAUCAGCCAGUGCUGCACGCGGGGCGACACCGACAUCUCGCUCAUCCGGUACUUCGUGACGGAGGUGCUGGAGACGGUCACCCACCCGUACUCGAGCGAGUUCGUCCAGCUGUUUCUGCCGAUGGUGGAGAACGAGGAAAUUACCGGCUCGAUGCGCGGCGAGGGCGACAACGAUCCGGUGUCGGAGUUUAUCGUGCACUGCAAGGCCCACUACACGACGCUGUGAGGCGGUGGGGUUUGUUGAUCCUAGUUUCUUUUUUUUUUACUUUUUUCAUCCCUCUCGCGAAUGUGUUUUUGAGACACACAUACACAUACACACACACACACACACACACACACACACACACACACACACACACACACACACACACACACACACACACACACACACACACACACACACACACACACACACACACACACACACACACACACACACACACACACACACACACACACACACACACACACACACACACACACACACACACACACACACACACACACACACACACACACACACGGGCACAGAGCCGUUUGCCGGGUUAUCUUUGCGUUUCGCGGCAAACGUGCAAAGCGUGUGGUGUGGCUUUUUUUUCUUCUUAUGCCAAUCAGUCAUCAUUUCUUGUUAGUGUGUAAGCUUUAUCUUUAAAUUCAUUUGUUUUUUUUUAUAUAUAUAUUUGUGUCACAUUACAUUACGCAGACAACAACAAAAAAACAGCAUGGCAGACGAUUGGAAUUUUUAGCAGUAGAAGUUUAGCUGUACAGUGCUUUCACGCCCGUGGAAACAUUCAUUAACACUGGCGCAAUAUGGAGCGUCUUUGCAAAUGAAGUUUUCUGUUUUUGCUUCCCAACUCAACCCACUUUUAACCGAUCGAUCAUGAACAUCUGGUGAAGGGCUUUAUUUUUUAAAAAUAAGUUUACCCUAAUGGAACUCUCUUUCUAUUUUGCAAUUGUGUUAACAAGCAGUUCGUAGCGUUUCCGUUUCCUUUCCGUUUCCUUUCCGUUGUUUUAUUUGUAACCUCCCCCCUCCCCCUCCCAAUUUGUCUAGGGAUCCUUGCUUCCCAGCACAAUCUUUGGUAGUGAUGCGAAGCGGCAUUAGCUGUAGGAUAAGUUUUACGAGCGCGUUACUGUCGUUGCCACCAAAUUUUGGCUCUAAGGCAUCAAUUUUUGACAGUGCGCAUGAAUUUUUGCCUCUAAGGCAUCAAUUUUUGACAGUGCGCAUUAAUCUUUUUUUGCGCAUCAGUAAGUCAUCAAUUUUUGACUCUUGUAGGAAUAAUGACAAUUUUACAAGGUAUUUAAGCAGAUUUUUAACAAUUGUUAUUCCACAACUCAUAAAAAAAUACAAAAACUGUGUAAAUUGAUUGUUUCUUGAGAGAAAAUGAUGAAAUUUUAGAAUUUCUAAAGCUUUUGUUUACAGCUGAAAAUACGUGCCAAUUUUUUUCACUCCAUUGAAACUGCCAAAAAUGGCAAAACAAUUGUUGUAUUUUAAAUUGUAUCAAUAAAAUUAUUCACUAUUUAACUUAAUUUCAAUCAUUUCAGAACACACCGUUUCAGAAAUUACAUAAAAUUUUGUAAAUAAAGCGAUUGACUCACAGGCAAAAAUUGAUGCGCUCUGUCAAAAAUUGAUGCCUUCGAGGCAAAAAUCGUGAAACGCUGUCAAAAAUUGGUGCCUUCGAGACAAAAAUAAGUGAGUUAGAGUCAAAAUUUAGCGGCAACGACUGUAUGAGGGAAGGAGAGCAAAAGCCAGUUAGUGAGAGGAGUAAAUAAAAUAUUAGUAUCUUAAGAAAAACAA